GUCCGUCUCCAGCACCCCACUGGGCCACCCUCCCCAGGGAGCCUAUGGGUCUCGGGUCUCCAGACUGGACAGGGAAAGGAAGGGUGCUGGUCAAGCUUCCCCAAGCUUGGUUUUGACUUCUCGUGCUUUGGGCAAAUCCAGAGGUUUCUGCAGUUCCUGGUGGCUUGUGUCCAGGAAGUCUGAAUGUGUGAGGGUGUCCCUGGCAUCUUUUGCAGGGAGUCUGGAGAGGUCACCGGCUGUCUCUUGGGACACUACUGGCUGGUCUCUCCAGGAGUCACUGACAACCUCUUGGGGUGUUACCAGCUUUCUCAGCGUGACUUGCUGUUCCGCCUGGGUGUCUCUGCGUGCAUUUGUCUCUCGAGUGUUAGCAACUGUUUUGACCUGGCUUUGUUCCUGUACUUGAGGUUGAGUCUUUUAAUGUUUGAGACGAGGUCCCAUGUGGUCCGAGCUGACCUCAAAACUUCAGGUCUUUCUGAGGGGCUGGGGAGACAGCUCAGCAGUCAAAAGCACAUGCUGUUUGCACACACCCAGACUUCCUUCCAGGCACACACGUGGUGAUUCUCGACCAUCUGUAACUUCAGUUCCAGGUGAGUCACCGCCCUCCUCUGACCUCUGCAGGCAUCAGGCACAUACUCAGGGUGCAAAUGGCGUGCAUGCAAGCAAAACACUCAUGCACAUGAAGAUAAAAUAAAUAGAUCUAAGCAUUUAAAAAAAAAAAACAAAAAACAAAAAACUCCAAAGCCCAAUCCUUCUAAACCUGCCUCCCGAGAUCUGGGCUUACAGGCAUAUGCCAUCACUUCCCACAUUAUGGAGCACUGAGGAUCGAACCCAAAGCUUCAUGCAACUAGGCGAGCACUCUAUCAACUGAGCCACAUCCACAUCCUCAUGGGUCAUUUAUAAUAAAUAGAAAUGUAUUGGCUUUUGGUUCUGGAAAACUGAGACAUCCAAGGUUGAGGGGCUAGCAUCUCAUGACAGAAAGCAAAGAAAGGGUUAGAGAAAGAGGAUGGGACACACCUCAUUUUUACAGGGAACCAAGAUCCUGCAGUGAGGCUUCCACAGCUCUGUGCUGGGUACCAUGUUUCCAGCACUUAAACUUUCGGGAACGCAUUCGAGUCACAGCAGUUGCCGUGUCUCGGGGUACCUCUGGCACUCUCUCUGUGACAUUGCCGUCCCUGCAGCUGUCUUGGAGCUCUGGCCCUUGGAUUGCAUCAGGCUCAUGAGGCCAGUAGAACCAAGAGCAUGACCCAGCUGGAUCUCUGCCCCCGUGGCUUUGGGCUCUCUGUUUUUCCAUUCCAGCCUUCGUGAAGAAAAACACUAGUGAGCCACACUCUCCCAGAAGAGGAAGCAUCCCCAGAGAGCACUUGUCCCCCUCAUAAUACCCUGUGUGUGGAAGGAGAAGAGGAUCCUAAAAGCCAGCUGGUCCAGGCUCUGAUUGCUAACUGUACAGCAUGGAGCAUGGAUCAAUUGUGCAGCCUUUCUAACCAAAAAAAAAAAAAAAAAAAAAAAAAAAAAAAAAAAAAAAACAGGCAGCAGGGGCCAGCCUCAGUGAUUUCACUGAGGAUUGUGAUGUGGGACCCAGCUUGCAGUAGGUCCUCUCAAAACUACCCAGCUGCAACCUGAGAGCAAGCGGAGUGGCCAGCAAGCCCCUCCUCCCGGUUCCCUCCUAGGGUCGAAGAGAAAGCUAGGGCAUGGCAGCCGCUCAGCUCCACAGAUGCUGUUAUUACCCAGGGGCUUCUCCGCAUGGAAGUGUGGAAAAUUUAAUAAAAGGAAAUCAAGUGUUGAUUCCACACAGAGUUUGCGUCGUGCAUGCCUGUCUGGAGCCUCUCGUAGGAUCCUGGCAUCUGCUGCAGACCCUUAGAGACCCUCAGCGAUUGCAGGGCAGAAUGGACCCUCCCUCUUGCCUCCCUGCCCAGCCUCUACUCACCAUCCUGGGGUCCCAGGGAGCCAGAGGCAUGAGCUGCUCAUGUGAUGUCCUGCCUUCUUGGAGCCUAGGAAAGGGUGAAUGGGAGUUUUGCGUUGAGGAUCCUCUGAGAGUGAGCACAGGACACUGGCCGGUCCCCUGUGGAGUCAGGACCCGUUUGUAGCAUCAGUGCCUUGCCCAGCUUCACCUGUAGAAGAAGAGCAAAGUGCACUACCACAUCGCCGUCAUCAUCAAUUACCUGGGCCACUGCAUCUCCCUGGUGGCCCUCCUGGUGGCCUUUGUCCUCUUUUUGCGGCUCAGGAGCAUCCGGUGCCUGAGGAACAUCAUUCACUGGAACCUCAUCUCGGCCUUCAUCCUGCGCAACGCCACGUGGUUCGUGGUCCAGCUCACCAUGAGCCCCGAAGUCCACCAGAGCAAUGUGGGCUGGUGCAGGCUGGUGACAGCUGCCUACAACUACUUCCACGUCACCAACUUCUUCUGGAUGUUUGGCGAGGGCUGCUACCUGCACACGGCCAUCGUGCUCACGUACUCCACCGACCGUCUACGCAAGUGGAUGUUCAUUGGCAUCGGCUGGGGUGUACCUUUCCCCAUCAUCGUGGCAUGGGCCAUCGGGAAGCUGUACUACGACAAUGAAAAGUGCUGGUUUGGCAAACGCCCUGGUGUGUACACUGAUUACAUCUACCAGGGCCCUAUGAUCCUGGUCCUCCUGAUCAACUUUAUCUUUCUCUUCAACAUUGUCCGCAUCCUCAUGACCAAACUCCGGGCAUCCACCACGUCUGAGACUAUUCAAUACAGGAAGGCCGUGAAGGCCACUCUGGUGUUGCUGCCCCUCCUGGGCAUCACCUACAUGUUGUUCUUUGUCAACCCUGGAGAGGACGAGGUUUCCAGGAUUGUCUUCAUCUACUUCAACUCUUUCCUGGAGUCCUUUCAGGGCUUCUUUGUGUCUGUGUUCUACUGUUUUCUGAACAGUGAGGUCCGCUCUGCCAUCCGGAAGCGGUGGCAUCGGUGGCAGGACAACCACUCCAUCAGAGCCCGAGUGGCCCGCGCCAUGUCCAUCCCCACCUCUCCCAGCAGAGUCAGCUUUCACAGCAUCAAGCAAUCCACGGCACUGUGAGCCGAAGGCCACGGAGCAGCCCCCAAGACCUGCGGCUCCAGAAAGGAUGCAAGCUCGCUGGUGGGGACCCCAUCUGCAGAGGCAGCCGGCCCUUCCCGUUCCUAUCCCUGGGCUGCAGACCUAAGAGCCUGCCCAGCCCUAGACUACAGCUCAUAGCACUGAGCUCCGCCCACAGCAUCUGGCUCCCUGCUGCCCAUUCUCCCAAGAGAGUUGGAGUGGAGAUUGGGGGCUAGGAACCUUGUGACAGAUUAAUGGGCCCCUGUGAGAGCUGUCUUGUCCCAGAGCAGCUCACUGAAGGCCUGUAGUCUUCAGUAACUGUAGGGAGGCCACUUGCUACCCCGGGGCAUCAUGGGAAACUCUCUUCUGUGGUUGGGAAGACUCUGAGUCUUAGCGAUUCCUUGGGAGGCUACUGAGAACCAACGCUACAUGGUCCAGUCAGGAGACCUGGAGAUAGCGUUAGAAAUCUAGUGACAUCAUCAGACAGCACUCCUCCUCCCUCGAAGCCACUCCUGAGCCAGCACAAUGUCAUCAGCACCGUGGCACUGCCUCUGGGAAGCCCUGCCUUGCUGCCUUGCACCCUUAGACUUUUACCGUUCUGCAGGCCAAUCCAGCUUUCUGUCACGUAUCCACUGACAGCGACAGUCCCCUUGCUCUGAAACCCUACCAACCUUCUUGCCUCUGGAUGUCUUAUCUGUGGGAAGAUGGAGGCUGGGUAGAAGAGCGAGUUGCCUAUGAGGGGGAACCGGAGUGGGCCCAGCCUUUGAGGAAGGAGUGGCCCCUGGGUGCCCAGGCCACUGACUUCAGUGGCUGGCCUCUGGAACAUACUCAUAAGCUGAGUGAAGGGGGAAGGGGCCCCUCUGCUCAAAUGCCCUGGAGCCAGUGGCUUCUGGGACAACUAAUGGAGAGACACCUCACCUCCCAGGCUUGGAGUGGCCCAGCCCUCGAUGGGUGGGAGGGCUGAGCAUCCAUGGCAGGACUGAGGUGGGGCUGGGGCGAUAUAAAUAAUAUUUAUCUUUUCAAC